AUGGAGGGACUCAAGCCGCUGAUGAUACGUAGCAAAGCGCGGUGGGACCUGGACUUGACGACUGAAAAUGGGCAAUACCUCGCCGUUCUGGAUUUCCUGUCUGCAGCCACCCUCAGCGAUGUCCAACCACUUUCGUUAGCCUUUUGUGAGGCAUUUGGGAGUGUAUUGGCCAUCUGUAGUCGAACCCUUACAGUAACCGAAACAAGACUGUUCCGGGAGCUUCCUCAGCCGGCUUCCGUUGGCUUCCUGCCAGCUUUGUCAGUCGGAUUCUCAGAUGGCACUGCGGAAGCCCUGGCUAGCACCUUGAAAGGGCUGCGGUUCCUUUGCCUAGCAGCGGCUCUUGUCACCUCGGUAGGGCCGUUUGAUGGAGCCAAGGCGAUCAUAACCAUGAUGCACGAUUCCAAGCUCCACGAGGAACAAACAAUUUGGAUUCCAAGAACUCAGCAAUUGGCAGACAUUCUCAAGAGCCUCGAGGCAAAAUCAGCAUUCUGCGGCUUUGCAGAGCUAAUGGUGCAAUGGGAGAUACACCUAAGGCAAGAAGUGUUUCCACGCGCUUUUGAUCCAAUGGCAGAAACUGGGGAUGCUUCGGCUCAGGAGAGACUUGACCGUGCCCGAAGACUUAUGCUAAAAGGACUCCCUCCUCCCGAAACUAUAGCCAGAAUCGUCGAUGCCUUUAGGACGGUUACGGGCGUAAAGUACCGGGCGAUUGCCGAGGUCGAAAUCAAACUUGGUGCUGGUGCUGCGUGGGUGUUGGCAUUUGCGGAAUGGUGUUUCGGUACCGCGCCGGCUUUAUGCUUAUUACACGCACGAGUAGAUGGUGGACACACCUACGAACACAUCUCUGGCUCUCCUGCCUCUCUUGUCAAAGUCACAAUCCCAGCCUCAUCGUCUAACAAGUUCACCGAAAUCCUAGUCCGCUAUAGGAGCCGAGGUCAGGUUGUGUAUCCUUCGGCGUACGAAUCUGAUCGUAUUGAGAGAGUCGGAUACCUCCGCCUGUCGCACUUUUACGGCGUCCUUAGAUAUGAUAGAGACGUGUACAAUGUCGUGGCGUCACCGGAUAAUGAAGCAUCCGAUGUAUCUGACGAUCAGAAGCGGUAUAUCUACGAAAAUAACCAGAAUCCUGAAAUUCUCCAGCCCACGAAUCUGUAUAGAAACGUCAAGGUUUCAUGGGAAGUUGUUACGCAGGAUUAUGGUGAGAUCCAAGCGAACUUCUUGGUUCACAUACAAGACCGCAACUUUACAGCAAGGAGAAAUCCGAGUCUCCUUAUAACGGCUUUAAAAGACACCUUUUUCUAUGAAGACUGUCUGCAUGACCGUCAAUCAAUGUUGGAAGAGGCAGAUCGUUUCAUAACCAAUCAACCGCCAUGGCAUGAGGUAGUGGCUGAGAAUGAUGAAAAUCCUCGCGUCAACAUCAUUGCUGUAGAUAACUCGGAAGAGCUUCGUCGUUUUGCGCUUGCUCAUGCCAACGGCCCUGUGGUUUUGCGCAGAGACGCUUGCCUGCGCUGUUGUCUUGAUUUGUGCAGGCGCACAUCAGCACGUCGUCUAAUCCUUUGAUCUCGCACGGUAUCGCAACGGAGGCUACGAAUAAAAUUUAUGUAAGAUCGAUUGACUGAUUGAUUGAUAUAUUUACGGCUCAGCAAAUAUAUUAGAUUAUGAAUCUAAGACCAAGCACGACCAUAGGCAGUAGAAUUUUGAGGUCCGGCCAAGCUCUAUCAACAAUGCCAUGGUCAG